AUGAGUAUUUUAAAGCACUCAAUUAAUUAUGAAGGUCUAGAAGAAGAGCUUCAGGAAGCUAUUAAAAUGGACACCUUACAUAAGCUGCAAAAUGAUGCAAAGAUAAGAGCUCUAGAACAACAUGUACCAACUUAUGAACAUUUUAGACAAAUGGUCAAUGGAGCACAUUUGAAACCAUUGGAACGAAAAGAUACCAUAGAAAAAAAAGCCAUCAAUUGGAACCGCUUCAAAGAAGUAGCUGGAAAAUGUGAAAAUCAUUAUGAUUUAAGUGAUGAUAAAAAAGAUAAAAAAUUUACAGCAAAUGAAUACAAUCGAGAUGGUAUGAUUAAUAAUAAAAAAUACUUAACUAUGAUAGAAGAUUUCAAUCACCAAUGGAAUUCAUUAAACACUAAUGAAAAUAAACUAAACUUUUUAAUAAAUAUACGUGAUUCAUUAACUAAAAUAUUCGCUGUAGAAAUAACGACAGAAAUUUUGUGUAAGAUGUUAAAUACAUGUUUAAAGAGUCUACCAGAAAUAGAAAAUUCGAGGGCAAUUCUUGAUAUUUUAACUACUAUCACCAAGUGUAAUCGAUUUGAUUUAGCGGUCACUUUUAUGAAUAGAGCUAUUAAUCAAUAA